AUGAGGGAAGCCUCGAACGGCAUGUAUGGGUUGGGUGCCGCGAGCGGCUACGGCGGCACGGGCGGUGCUCGGAAUGGCGUGGACGGCUUUGGCUUCAUGGGGCCCGGCUGCAUGAGCAACUAUGGCAGUAUGGGCGUCAACCAGAACGGUAUGGCCAGCGGCUUCGGCUCCAUGGGUGGGGGCCAGGACUGCAUGGGUGGCUACGGCUCUAUGGCUGGCGGCGGUCCAGACGGCAUGAGUGGCAUGGUCGGUCCGAUGGGUUCCAUGUACGGCAUGGGCGGCAACCCGAUGGGCUCCAUGUACGGCAUGGGCGGUUCGAUGGGCUCCAUGCUGGGUCCGAUGGGGUCGAUGUACGGCAUGGGCGGCAACCCGAUGGGCUCCAUGUACGGCAUGGGCGGCAUGGGCUCCAUGUACGGCAUGGGCGGCAUGGGCGGCAUGGGCUCCAUGUACGGCAUGGGAGGAAUGGGCUCCAUGUACGGCAUGGGUUUUGGCAGCAUGUACGGCGGCAGCUACCACAGCUUGGUGGAUGCGGGGUCUCGCUGUGCUAGCUUCCUCAACAGGAACGACCUGAUUCGUGCCGAUGUGAAGCCUCUGAACAGCGACAAAAACGGCGGCUUUGGCGAGAAGGAUGCUAAGAGUGCUGACAACAAGAAGGAUGGGGACAAAAAGAACAGCAAGGGCCGCGAAGUCAAGCUCGAGGAGGCCAAGGGCGACGCCAGGGACCCCAAGGCGGCGAAGAGGGAGGUGGCUGACAAGAGGGAGGUGACUGACAAGAGGGAGGUGACUGACAAGAAGGAGGUGACUGACAAGAAGCCGUCCGUGGAGGCGAAGCCUGCGGACACCAAGGACACCAAGGAAUCCGACAAAAAGGAGGUAAAGGACAAGAGCGGAGAGAAGAAGGACAGCGAGGCGCCAGUGGCCAAGACUGACGGUCCCCUGAAGUUCAGCGGCACCAAGAUCCGCAGUCUCGCGCUUGUCUGCAAGUCUGGCAAGGAGGCGAAGGUGACCGUGAAGGGCAGGGACACCGUUGUCAUGGAGGACAGGGAGACGAAGCUCGACGAGGCCAUUCUCAUCGAGGGCCCGAAGAAGCCAGUGGAAGCAGCUGCGCUAUCGGAGGUGCGCAAUCAGUGGGUGGUGGGCCACAACGCCACCAUCAUGAUCGGCAGCGACGCAACGCGACGCACGCAGGCGGUGGAUUUCAUGUGUGAGUACCUGUCCACGUGCACGGGCAAGUUGGCCGCCAGCGGUGAGUACUUCAACAUCUACGUCACGAUGACGGCGCUCGAGGGCUCGGAUAAGGGCCGCGACCUGCUGAAGGACGACGCCGCCAUUGGGAAGCUUGCGCUCGCGUCGUCUCCGGUGUACGGUCCGGCGCUGAACAACAUGACGACGAAGGAGGUGAACACGAAGGAGGCGAUGGAGGCGGUGCUCAAGGAGGGCAUGAGGCGCGCCAAGGAGGGUGAGAUAGUCUGCAGCUACCUAGUUCUGAAGCAGUGCCGCAAGAGCAGCGCCGGUCUGAUGGUGUACCUUUCCUCCCUGAACGUCACGUUCGUUGGCCCGAACGUGGAGCAUCUCAUCGGCCUCAAGGCCAAGAAGCCGGAGGAGCCGUGCCGCCUCUACCGCUACUCCGUCGGCGGCGGCAGCCAUACCAUGUGUGUCGGUUUCGUCAGCGACGACGAGGCCUCUGCGGCCAAGGUCUUCGAUGCGCUCAGGGAAAUGCGCGAGGUUGAGAACACCGAGCCUCGCAGCGGCAACGUGAAGCGCUUUAUCGAGUACACAAAGAAGGAGAUCCCGAGGUGCAGGGAAAAGAUCUCCUCGGCGACGGAGGAGGGCAAGAAGGCAGACUACGAGACGAUGCUGAAGCGGAUGGCGAUGAUGCUCAAGGACGCUGAGGACAUCGAGAAGGACCCGAAGGCGGCCGCCCCGAGGGCGUACGUGUAA